CCAGGGUGACCACUAGGCUGAGCUGUGGCGAACCCUGGGCGGGGGCCAGGGCACGGGACAGCAGUCGUUGUUCGAGCCGCCACCGUGACUGGGUUAGCCCCGCCUCCCAGCACCGGGCCCCGCUGGAUCAGAACAGGCGCCGGGCGGCGGGUCUGCGGGUCUGCAACCGAACGGUGGGUACAGGUGAGCCUAGGACGGCGAGCGCGCUGCCCUACUCUGCCAGGGUCGGGUGGAGUGGUCACCCAGGGUGUGGGAUAGACUUCUACAGCUCCGAGGAGGAAGUGCAGCCCCGACCCCCUGGUGCCUAUUCCUACGAGGUCGCUUUAAGAACAGCAAGCUGGUUUCAGGGAGCUAAGAGAGACUCGGGGAGAUUUUCCGGAUCUCCUUCGGCAUCUAUGAGAACUCAGGACUCUGCAGCCAUGCAGCCACAGGCCCUGCUCCAAAAGGACCGCCCCAUGCCUCAAAGGGAACCACCCGAAUUUUCUUGGCAUCCAACUGGUGACCUCUGACGUGCAUCCUUGACAACACGAGUUGCUUGCUAACCUCCGAGAGAGGAUCCUUUUCCUUAGGAGGGCCAGGCUAAGUGGGUAAGGUCUGGCCUGGUCCGGACUAUGCCGUCCAAGUCAGCUUGCCUGCGUCGUCACACGGAGGUACCUGGGCAGCUGGAGGGCAAAAUGCUCCAGGGACAGCUUCCAAACACAGACAAGAACCUCACCCCAACACCGGGCUCCCUACCAGCCACAGACCCUCACACUGCAGAGACAAACCCCAUGCCUCCUUUCAGCAUUCCAGCGAAACCAAGCAACCAGAACCCACAAGCUAAAGUAAACCCCAUCACCCCACAGCUGUCCAUGAGACCCAAGUUGGAGCGAACCCUGUCCCUGGAUGACAAGGGCUGGAGAAGGAGGCGUUUCCAGGGUAGUCAGGAGGAUCUGACCGUCCAGAAUGGGACCAGUCCCUGCAGGGGCUCCAUGCAGGACUCUGUUGCCCAGUCUCCUGCCUGCAGCCGGCCCCUACCCUGCCUCAGUGCGUCUUUACAGGAGAUCCCUAAACCCCGAAGGGCUACAGGCAGUGAGGGCGGGAGCCCAUCCUUGUGGAGUGACUGUCUCCCUGGAAUGAUCAGCACUUCCUUGGACCUCCUGCACAGAGAGGCCUCCCCAAGUGGGGCUUCCCCCAGGUUGGCAAGUUUGCAUGCCGCACACACACCACCUGCCAUGGACCUCAACAUAGCCUCCAGCUCUCUGAGAACAGCCAACAAGGUUGACCCCGAGUAUGCCGACUACAAGCUCCGGAUGCAGACCAGGCUGGUCAGGACCCACAGCAGCCUGGGUCCUAGCAGGCCCCGGAGCCCCUUGGCUGGUGACGACCACUCCAUUCACUCAGCUAGAUCUUCCUUCAGCCUUCUGGCUCCCAUCCGCACCAAGGACAUCAGAAGCAGGAGCUAUCUGGAGGGAAGUCUUAUGGCCAGUGGAGCCCUGCUAGGAGCAGAUGAACUAGCCAGGUACUUCCCAGACCGGAACAUGGCUCUCUUCGUGGCCACCUGGAACAUGCAGGGCCAGAAGGAGCUACCAGCGAGCCUGGAUGAGUUUCUGCUCCCCAUGGAGGCCGACUAUACUCAGGACUUGUAUGUCAUUGGCGUUCAGGAGGGCUGUUCUGACAGGCGAGAGUGGGAGACACGCCUGCAGGAGACACUGGGCCCUCAGUAUGUGUUGCUGUCAUCAGCAGCACAUGGGGUCCUGUACAUGUCCCUGUUUAUCCGCAGGGACCUCAUCUGGUUCUGUUCAGAGGUCGAGUGCUCCACGGUAACUACACGCAUCGUAUCUCAGAUCAAGACCAAGGGGGCCCUGGGCGUCAGCUUCACCUUUUUCGGCACCUCCUUCCUCUUCAUCACAUCUCACUUCACCUCUGGAGAUGGGAAGGUAGCUGAGCGGCUGCUGGACUACAACAGAACCAUCCAAGCCCUAGCCCUGCCCCGGAAUGUGCCAGACACGAACCCCUACCGCUCCAGUGCAGGGGAUGUCACUACCCGCUUUGAUGAGGUGUUCUGGUUUGGCGACUUCAACUUCCGCCUGAGUGGUGGACGAGUGGCUGUGGAGGCCGUCCUGAAGCAGGAGCCAGAGGUGGAUGUGCUGGCGCUCCUGCAACAUGACCAGCUCACUCGGGAGAUGAAGAAAGGGUCCAUCUUCAGGGGCUUCGAGGAGGCGGAAAUCCACUUUCUCCCAUCCUACAAGUUUGACAUUGGGAAGGACACCUACGACAGCACCUCUAAGCAGAGGACACCUUCCUACACGGACCGGGUCUUGUACAAAAGCCGCCACAAGGGUGACAUCUGUCCCAUGAAGUAUUCCUCUUGCCCUGGGAUCAAGACUUCAGACCACCGUCCUGUGUAUGGCCUGUUUCGGGUGAAAGUGAGGCCAGGGAGAGACAACAUCCCAUUAGCCGCUGGCAAGUUUGACCGAGAACUGUACUUGAUAGGAAUUAAAAGACGGAUUUCAAAAGAACUUCAGAAACAGCAGACAGUGAAGAACCAGAGCUCCAGUGCUGUGUGCACUGUGUCCUGAAGACCAGUCCUGGCCGCUGCAGCUCAGGGCCUGUCCUGAAGACCAGUCCUGGCCGCUGCAGCUCAGGGCCUGUCCUGAAGACCAGUCCUGGCCGCUGCAGCUCGGGGGCCAAGGCCACUGGAGAGAGAUGGGCUUGUGCUUUGGUGUCUCUCGCCAUGUUGGAGUCGAUCUAAUAAACCAUGGCUAGGGGCUCUCCUGCUCUCACUACAGACCCCAGCCUCAGGAGAGCAGUGGGCUGGCCAGGCCAUGCUUAUGUCGGGGCAGGCCUGCUAUUUAGCCACGUUCCCACAGGCACAUGGCGGGGAUUUGUUCUGAGCAGGGCAUAUACCAAGCAGCAGCCACACAGAAAAGCUAUAGACAAUGAGGCUUGCCUUAAGCAGCCCUACACCCUCCCCACAGGAACGGCCAACUUCCUGCCAUGGGGCACUGCAGCCUCUUAACCCCUUUGUUCCUGUUCUCACGCCAGCCCCUUCCUCUUCUGGGGAGGGAUCAAGCAGCCUAUGACAGCUUAGGUAACCAAUGGUCCUAAAACCUGCCAAGGCCUGGAAUUCAGAGGCCAAAGCCAGUUACUUCUGGAACAUAACCCAGCAGACAUUUUGGCAGGCUUUAGGUUCUACAUCCUGGCUCCAUGCUCCCAACCUCCAGUUGAAAGGGGCCUCUCCUCUCCACAGCUGUUGUCAGCUCAUGGUGUUAGAAGCUUCAGACCAUUGCUUUUGUGCUGCUAGCCCAGAAUGGCAUUAGAAGUGGUAUCACAGGCAGUGCCUUAGUGAGCUCCACUCCUUGAAGGCGGCUUAGAACUCAUCAUAGCUCUCAGUCUCGCCCCAUCUGAGACAUAGCCUUGAAUGUACAGACACCUAGGGGCAUCCACUCUAGUCUCCUAAAUAAUUUAUUUUUCCAUAUUUAUAUUUUUAAAUAAAUGCAUAUGUUUAAUCGUGA